GCGACGGCGCCGUGGCCUUUGUGGGAGCCAUAACCACACGACUGUCGCUGGAUGAGCUCGUUCCCUGCCGCGACAGCGUCGUGGAAUCGGUGCCGAGUUGGACAGUUGAGGUCACAGGGAUGUCGUCGUCAUCGUCGUCGUGGAUUACGAUUUCCACCGGAGGUCCUCGAGCCUCAAGGGGGGCCGUCAAGUCGAUGGCAUUAUCUUGGGCCAAAGGACCGCGCGGUGCCGGAGAUGACUUGGACUUCUUCCGCCUGCUGGGCUUCACCUUGUCGACAUGAUUGCCCAACGUCCCAUCUGCAGAUGAAUUCUUUGCCUUCCCAUUCGAGUCGUUUGUGGACACAGCUGACGCCACGACCUCGGUGCUGGUCGAUUGAGCCUUUUCCUUCACCGCAGCAUCGCUCCAUGCCAGGUUAUGGUGCUGUUCUGGUCGGAUCUCGAUGUUGUCAUGUGGUUGCUGCCGUGUCCUCUUGGCUUCACCGUCGUUGUCGCGGCCAUUCGAUUCGAUUGGAACCGCUCUUUGCAAGGCUCUGUCCCUCCCAUCCUCUGACAUGCCCGUGAUGGCUGCUGCGUGUUGUCGCUUUCGCUUGAAACGGCGCUUCUGGCCCUUUUCGUUGAGUGGGGUCGUUGAUUGCUUCCGUGGACUCGAAGAGUCCAAAAUCCAAACGGGGUUCGUGCCUCGUGGCGGCCGCGAGACGGUCGACGGAGCAGACGCCAGUUCUUUCCUGACCUGCCGUGUUGGGGUGGACUCGUUCUGCGUGGAAGUCACGGCCUCAUGCAGCUUCUGCCCGUGCACGACUACUUCCGUGACAUCUAUCGCAGCUGCACCUUCGAAUGGCGUGCGAAGCGCGA